AUGGCAACCGGCGAUUCCUCUGAUCCCGCCGCUCAGGCAGCGGCAGCCGAGGCGGCAUUUCACCAUUUCACCAUUGAGCUGUGGACUUUGUAUGGCAUUGGCGUCUUGGCGACCCUCCUGAGAACGUAUGCUCGAAUCCGUGCCGUGGGAGCCAGGAAUCUACGAGCAGAUGACUAUCUUGUCUGGGUCGGCGUGGCUUUCUAUACUGCCCAGGCGGCGCUCGGUUACAGUAUCGGCAAUAUUGCUCACGGCCUGGCCAACAAUGGCAUGUCGGAUGCCGAGCGUGUGGCCCUUUCACCCAGCGAUCCCGAAUACCAAUCGAGGGUGAUUGGCUCCAAGAUUCAGGUUGCAGGUUGGACAACCUAUUCUCUCUUGAUCGGCUUCUUGAAACUAUCCGUGCUCGCCUUCUACAUCCGACUAACGGACGGACUUGGGCGGCCAUAUAGGAUCCGCAUCAUCGUUGGAUUCAUGCUCGUCAUCGGGACAACCGUGGCCUGUAUCCUCACCAACUUCCUUGCCUGCCGACCGUUCAGCAAAUAUUGGCAGAUCAACCCGGACCCUGGAAACGCGUGCCAGGCCGCCGUCUCGCGACCCAUCAUCUGGGUCUCCUUCGCGGCCAACGUCUGCACCGACAUAUACCUGAUCCUGAUCCCGCUCCCCAUGCUCUGGGGAUCCAGCUUGAAAAUGAUCAAGAAGAUUGCCUCGACAGUCGUCCUCGGGGCGGGCAUCUUUGUCCUUGUGUGCGCGACGCUAAAGAGUGUUUUCGUUCUAGUGGACCCUGUCAACGGCGCUCAGAUUGCCGGGUCUUGGGGCACGAGGGAGGCAUUUGUGGCCGUCAUCACGACCAACCUCCCCAUGCUGUUCCCUCUGUUCCGGGUCUGGCUCACGCCCCUCUUCGGAAGCGCCUUGGGGUCGUCCAAGAAGUCGUACAAAUCGCCAACCGGCCUCGUGACAAUUGGAGGUGGCGGCGGCUCGUCGACUCCUCGAAACCGGCCGCGCACGGCAAACCCCGUCGCCACAAACAUGACGUUUAGCGAGAGCGAGGAACGCAUCGUGGGGGCCAUCAAGAUGGAUACCGUGAGGAACGCGCGGCCCUCGAAUGCGAUUGUCGUGUCGAAUCAGGUGGAAGUCACGCACUCGGACAGGAAUAGCCAGAUUGACGGCCGUUACGCCCAGCAUACUCACGAGCACUGGUGA